AUGGUCCACGUGGCAACUAUUCUAACGAUUCUGUGUUUUUCGUUGGCAACGUUUUCUGAUGCUUCGAUUGCGACCGCACGUCUUCGGACUGGCCAAUCGUUCCUAAUCCGUGAGGCUGAAAACGCAAAUGCGCUCGCUCAUACCAUCGCUUCGGGACCUCAAAAAAUGGAAUUCACGGGAAGAAAUCGUGGAAAACGGGUAGAUCAAAAUGGCCAAAUCGUGAAUUCUGAGAAUUUCCGCUUGUUCCAAAAUGGAUCGGUUCUGAUCAAGCACGCCAGCCCAUCGGACGCCGGAACCUAUCAGAAGGAUCCUAAUCCAAUGAUCCGUAUUGGAGACAUGGGAUACGCACCGCCAAUCCUCAUCAUUCAAAUGCACGAUUUUUGA